GGAAAAAAGGAGAGGGAGGGCAGCCUCGCUUGCUACCUGUAGUUGUCAGAGGUAACUGAGCAGCCCUGCAUCAAGAUCCUCAUGUUUUGGUCACCGAUAAACUCGUAUGUCCUUUGCAGAGCCCUCCGGCUCUUCCCCCUCUUCAUCUCGUAAGUUUAGGGAGUCCCAGAUCCGUGAGAGCCCGCGCAGCUGUUUGUUGUGGCGCCGUCGAGGUGAGCAUGGACUGACACAAAGAUCCGCAUUUGGAUGCAUCUGUGUGUUCAGCACCUGCGGCAGAUCUUGAAGAGAUGACCACCCGACUGUCUGAUGAGGCAGCAGCUCAAGUGGACGCCCUUCUCGCGUCGACGGACAGGACGGCGUUCGAGCAGCGCCUCGAUGCCCUUCAUGACACUAACGCAGCCAGCGACGGCAUCAACUCGGUGGCCAUUCUCCUCCGUAUCCGUGACCGGUGCAGCAGCCCCGCCACGCUAGCGCGUCUCGUGUGGACCUGCGUCAUGGAUAGCGCGGCGCCAUCCCACCGCAGGGACACGGCGCUGUCCGUCGCAGCACUCCUGGCGAGCAACGACACCCAGCCUGCCGUUCGGGAUGCCUUUAUCCAGGAGCUGAUAGUGCACAAGGCGUCGCCGCAGAGGCUGCUGACGGCUGCGGUCGGCCUCAUACCGGCGCUUGGUGAUCGCAAUCCACUACUGGUGAUCAUCAGGACCACAAUGCUCUGAAGAUCCUCCAGUACGGCAGGGCGAUCGACAAGACGCAGGACUUCCACGGGCAUCUGGUGGCCAACCACAUGGACUUCCUGCACAUGGUCGACGACAUGGCUGCACGCAGGUCAGUGCUCAUGGGUGGACAGAUGGACGGAUGGACAUAGGUCGUUGACUCCACUGGCCCCUGCUUUGCAAUCUGUGCAUUGUCAGGGAUGCGCCCACAGCUCCCUUGUUUGCUCCGGAUGUGGUGAUGAUGGAGUUCAUCAGGAAGCUGCUGGAGGGAGCGACGCCGUCGGCCGCCCUGGUGUCCUUGAGGCUGGCGUCUUUCCACAGCCUGAUGGCCAUGCCGCCAAGCGAACGCUUGCCGACCUUUGAGCUUGCGUGGAAGAUGUAUGUGUUCGUAGUGGAGCUGUUGUCCAACGGUGAGUCAGUCAGUCAGUCAGUCAGUCAGUCCGUUGCUCGAGCGCUGACCAACGGUGGCGUUGGUGAUCAGUGAAGCUCCCAGAUGCCUGGCAAUCACAUGUAUGUGCCCAUGUGUGUGACUGGUGUGCAGAGCGGGCGAGCGAGGCCUUCGCUGCGGUGUCGGGAGGGCUUGAGAAGCACGCCUUCGUCUAUGCAGAUCAGCUCGGGGGCGUCACGUCCACCAGUGCGACACCUGCAGACAAGUGGGGGGCUUCUGUCAAGUUGGGCGCCAUCACCAGACUCAUCACUCUGCUGGACAUUGCGGAAAGAGAAUUCCCAGGUAUGUGUGCCACGCAGGUACAUGUGCACCAGGCCAGCCUCUCUCCCUGAAUGUGUGUGUGUGAACAGAGGCGUCUUGUGAGCAUGGCGGUGAAGUUUAUGACUUCGUCGAGAGAGUGACCCAGCCGGCCGUCUUGGGGGGCAUAUCGAGUGUCCUCAGCGACGUGGCUCCCACUCUAGAUGGCCACACAGCACCGCCGGAGAUCAGCAUCGCUCUCUCGACGCCAAAGCUAGCAAGUAGGUCACCUGACAGGCAGACAGAAAAAUAACAAAGAGGGCAGUGAAGGGCGAUGUUGUCUUGCGCUGCUGUCUGUUUCUUUGGCUGCCUGAGUGCAGGAAACACUCAGUCCCUCAUCGAGUCGGGGCUGCCCGCGACCUUCGUCAAGCUCGUCAACGACGAGAAACUGAUGCGCGGCGAGGGAGGGCUGAUGGUGCUUGGCUUUCUCACGCGCCUAAUGCAGAUAAUAGCAGCCUUCGCACCUCAGGUACAUCUGUGGGCCGAGUGGGGUCCCUCUCUGCACAUGUGUGUGUGUGUGCGCUUUGCUCGGCAGGUCGCCAUCGGGGAGCAGUUUGCUCCUGUCGUGUGCAAGGCUUUGCUCCGCAUGUCGAGAGGCUAUCACGGCAGCAUUCCAGAGCUCGAGGGCCCAGAGCUCGAGGGCCCAGAGCUCGAGGGCGCCGAAGAGAGUGUCGUCGACAGCGCGUGUGGCAUCCUGCAAUCACUCAUCAAGUUAGUGGGUCACUGACACUGACUGGCGGCGCAGCGCGACUUUGUCUGCGCUCCCGGCAUGCAGAUAUGGGGAAGAGCGGAUGGGGCGGAGGGGGCACACCCGCAACAACAUCGCCACAGAAAUCCUACAAGUAAUUGUGCACACACAAUACGCACGCCAAGACAAUCCCAACAAGGGGGCCAUUCUUUCCCUGUCUCUGUGGUCAGCUCGACUCUGUCAAGGCGCUACGUGGAGUAGAACAGCGCAAGGGCAAGAGGGACAAACGACUCAACGUGCCCGAAAAGGUCAGCCGAGACGCACACCGCAUCACGUCACGUACACACACCCCCAGGACUCUCUCUGUCGUGGCUAUCCUGAUCAUUUCAUGAAUCGACAUGCAGGUGCUCGCACUAUUUAAUCGCAUCGAGAAGGAAGAGGACAAGCGCUAUGACAAGGCCCUCGACAACAUGUCCUUCGACGACCCGCCCCAGCCCGCUGCACAGCGCACCACAACCAGCACAUCAUCCGGCAAGAAGAAGCGACAUAACAACAAGAAGGGCAAGGGCGGAGGACGGGGAGGCGGCCAGAGCACCUCGGCGGCUGCCAGUGCAUCGUCAUCGAGCGUCGCUGUCGAACACACACGGUGGCAAAAUAGCUUGGGGACGGGGCCCGCUAAUCGAUAUGUGACGUGUCAUGUCCUGCCUUUGUUGCUCUGUGUGUCGGUCAGCGCUGAGUUGUCCGAUGAUGGUGGCGCGCCAGCUGAUGGCGACGAUGGGCCGGAUGGCGACGAGCAGCAGCCAUCGGUGUCCGUAGGCGGUCUCCCAAAUGAUGUCGAUCAGGGGUAGGCACAGCUCAUACACACCACACACAAACUCAAGACGCCAGCCAGGCACAUGAAGUCGUUCACUUCUCGCAUCCUUCCAUCGUCGUCUGUGUGCGGUCCUUUCUGUCAGUCGUCUGCCGUGUUUGACCCCUCCACCGUCCUCCCCUCCCCCUCACCCGACGCUGCCCACACCUCCACCACCUCCACCGCCCUCUGACUGCCCCCAGCGGCACGACAAGGACAGCAGGGCCAAGACCGCUUUACAGCCAACCAUGUCGCCCGCUCAGCUGGCAUCCCAGGAAGCCGCGGCCAAGCGGACUGAAAGCCAGAAGGAGGGCAAAGGCAGAGAGAACCAGACGGCCAACAAAGGCAGGGGCAAGAAGACCAAGAGCGGCAAGGGCCGACAGCAGCAGCAGCAGCAGCAGCAGCAGCAAGGGCGGAAUGAGGCGAGCCCCUCUGAUUCGGUGGCGGGGCCAUCGGCGCCCUCCACUGCCGCAUCCACCAGGUACAGCCGUGAGCCACCAUGGUGACUGAUGGACACCUCACUGCCUGUCUGCCUGCCUGUCUGCUGUGGUAUGUCCAGCCGGGCGUCGGCUGCGGCUGAUGAGGCUGAGGCGGGCCAGCCGGAGCCCUCCUCGUCCAGUGCGAUCGACAUGUGAGCAAUCAAUCCACUUUGCCAUUGCCUACCCAUUCCCUCUGUCUGUCCUGUGGCUUCUCUUUGCAGGUCGAGUGUGGCCGCUGUGCCGUCCGUGUCAGCGUCGUUGGCGGACGGCGAUCGGCCUGGCGGCGAGGCAGUCGAGUCGGCGGCUGAUGCCAUUGGAGGCGACGGCGAUGGUGUGGUUGAGGACGGUGAAGAGAUGCUGCUCAAUUCGGCAUUCGCACGGCGCGCAAGAGAGCAGAUGAGUGGGGGCAAGAAACAGAAACAGAAGGACAGUAAGAGCAGCACGAGGCCCACCCCAACGCCCACAUGUCAGCUGAGCAAACCGUCCCUGCCGUCAUUCCAGCCCGCGGCCGAGACCAAACAAGAGGAGCACUCUAUGCCUGCCGCCAAUGAGGAUCGUCGUUGCGGCGGCAUUCGGAUGCCCUCACCCAUUCCACUGUCGAGUGCUGCAUUCUCUGCGGGCCAGUUCAGCAAUGGGGGGGCGGUCUCCCGUCAGCCACCUGCUGCCAUGCCGAAGCGUCCCUCGAUCCGUCCGCUACUGUCUGAGAAUGAGAGCCCGUCUGGCUCUUCGUCCCCUCCUCCCCGGCCUAUGCGAGGUGGUGGGGCGGGGAGGGGCCUCAUGACCAUUUUCGCCCAUGAGAAGCUCACCCACCCUCCCCCUCCUCCCGCCGUCCCCUGCCCCCGGCUCCCGUCGCCCCUGGAGCUGCGCAACAGACCACCAAUGUACCACACCGGACAAGACGACCAGCAGCAGUCGACACCUGAGGAGUGGCCAAGGUAA